GCGGUAGUAAGCCGUUACAGCUCGAAAGUGCGAGUUCGUCGAGCGUACACGCGAGCUGCCCGCUUGAGCACUCUCUGCCCAGUUCCGUUUUCGCAACGAGAGAUCGCGAACACGCGUGCCAGAACAGCUCCGAGAAAACUCGAUCGAGAUACACGCGUAUCCGCGUCGCGUGCAAACGGCAAACCUCUCGCGAGUGCUACGACCAUUUAUUCGCGAUGGACGUACCUGGCAAGCAGAUGCAGAAUAACACUUACGAGUUCAAUCGGAUGCCGGAGUACAAGACGCGAUGGAGGGCCCUGCGAGAUUUCGUUCAUGAUCCGGUCGAGGGCACGUACUGCGGACAUACGGGCAAAAGAUGGGCCAUUACCGGAACGUUUUACGCGUGUUUCUUCACCGUACUGGCCCUGCUGUUCGCCAUUUGCAUGAAAGGACUAUUAGCCACGUUGAACGACGAGAAACCUAGGUGGAUUCUGGAGGAAAGUUUGAUAGGAACUAAUCCAGGUCUAGGAUUUCGACCGAUUUCCAACAACACCGACGAAAGGUCAUUAAUUUGGUACAGUUCGUCGGAUCCCAGUUCGGUGCAAAAGUGGACUGGCUUGUUAAAUGACUUUUUAAAAGAGUACCGUAACUCGUCGCUUUUACCGAAUGGUGGUAGAAAUCAACAAAUUUGUAAUUAUGAUACAACUGUGAAGCCUGGACACGUAUGUGCGGUCGAAGUCGACAAAUGGGGACCAUGUUCACCGUCUCAACAAUACGGCUUCAACAAUUCGGCGCCUUGUAUUUUCAUCAAGUUAAAUAGGAUAUACGGCUGGGUACCGGAGUAUUAUAACGACACCGAGAAUUUACCACCAGAAAUGCCGGCAGCGCUGGUUGAGCACAUUAAGUUGGUCAACAGUACUUGGCUGAAUACCGUGUGGGUAUCCUGUAAAGGCGAAGAUCCACACGACAACGAAAGUAUUGGAGAACUGGAUUACUAUCCUAAGAGUCAUGGAUUUCCAGGAUAUUAUUAUCCCUAUCAAAAUAUUCCUGGUUACUUAAGCCCCGUUGUCGCUGUACACUUUCUUCGACCAGCAAGGAAUAGAAUAAUCAACGUUCAGUGUCGAGCCUGGGCAAAGAACAUAAUAUAUUCAUCGGCUAAAGGAAAAAGAGGCAGUGGUUCUGUACAUUUUGAGUUAAUGAUCGACGAAAAGAUGUACAGAACAGCUCGUUCGUCGUAAAAAAUUAUCCAUAGGGAAAUUAGCCGGUAAAAACAAAGUCCGACAAAUCGACAAAACACUUGAGGGUCAAGGAACAAUUUUUACGUGCUCAGG